AGCGUUACGUCCUGCACGCCGUAUUCAAACGCAUCGGAGACGUCAAUCAGGGUUCAUUGGGCCUCGUCCGCCUCGAGGCAGCAACAGCCCUGUACAUGCCCGUGUCGAAAGGCACAGCCAAUGUCGGCAAACGCUCGCUGCCCCGCCUGGCGGAGCUCUCCGAGUUCCCCCCGUUGGGCGAGGCCGAGGCGAACGCGCCGUCUGAGCCGAUGUUCGACGAGGAAGGCAUCAUCGAGUUCGUGCGCGAGUUGUACGGCUUCGUCCGUUUCAAGCGGUAUCCGAGCGAGAGCGCCUGCUUCCACAGGGACGACGAAGCCAGGUACUUGGGUCGACGCGUGGAGCACGCGACGGACGUGUUCAAGGUGGGGGACGUGGCGCGGUUCGACGCCCUGCCCAACCAGCGCGCCCAGGGCGUGGCCAAGUGGCGCGUCACCGCCUUCCACUACGUCCAAGGGGUGCCCGGUUGGGCCUCGCCGAAGCCGUGCAGGGACUGGGUCAGCCACGUAGACGACAAAUCGCGCGAACUGACGGGUUUGCAAGGCGUCGUGGAUCGCGUCAAGUCGGAGUACGGCUUCAUCCGGAUGGGACCCCACUCGGCGCCGUCGGCCUUCUUCCGCGUCAGCGUCCUGGAACAGUCCCUGGAGAAGGCCGUCGAGGACGUCAGCGAGGUGCUCGCCGUCGGCGACCUGGUCCGCUUCGACGCCGAGCUGAACCUCAAGGACAACACGACGGCCAAGUGGUGGGUCACGUACGUCCGGCCCGUCUCGGCUUCGAACCCGGCUGCGACUUCGCCUCGGCAGAAGGAACUCGGCAAACUGUCCGGCAGAGAUGGCCCUAAAGGGACUAGCGGGGGGCCUCGCAAAGCGUCCGUCGUCCGCGACAGCGGCGACUCCGGCGACUCGUCCGACGUCGACCAGAACUCGUGGCCGCCGCUGAAAGGAAGCGAGAAGAAGAUACUUCCCUGGAGCUACGCCCGGUGCGCGGCCAGAGCCGUGACCUCCGAAGGCGUCACCGCGCCAAACACUUCUGCACCGACGAAGGCGCUUCCAGCUCCGCCAUUAAUGCCCACCGUUUCGAAGAGGACGCCUUCCCUGGCUAGGCCGUCGGUUCUCGUGUACCGCGGCAUCAGAGGAAUUGUGAAUUGUGUUGACGGUGGCGCUGCGAUCGAAUGCGAAGUCAGGGAGCCCACCGGUGCGAGGCGGGUCAAACUGGGAGACGACUGCCCGUUUUACCGUAACGGAUCGCGUUUGGACGGUGGCGGAGUCGCCAAGGCGCUCAGCGAAGGUGACGAACUGACCCUCGACUACGUCGUGUGCGCGGACGUCGCGUCCCCGAAGAAUGCGGACGUCCACUGUUACCUAGCUUGGCAAGGAGAGAGGCCGAUCGAUGUGCCUAGCUUGAGCGUGGAGCUGCUGAGGAGAGUGCUGAAGACUGGCUGCGACCAGAAGGGCGAGAAGACUGCCGACACUGACGUCCAGAGGGACCGCACGAAAGCGAAGAAAACAAAAGAUCGUCGUGGAUCAAGCGAGAGUGGUUCUGAGAGCUCGGACGAGGAUGGCUCGGGCCUUGUUGGUGCAGUACCUGCUCCAAAGACGAGAAACACCCUAGUUCUCUCGGAAGAUGCCUUGUCCAACAUGGCGGAAAUGGUCGCGAAGAAACUGUACGUGCUGCUGGAGGCCUACUACACUGAGAAACAGCGGGAAGAGAAGCAAAAGCAAGAACAGCUAGAGAAGCAACAGCAAAUGCAACAGCCACAGCCACAGCCACAGCCACAGCCACAGCCACAGCCACAGCCACAGCAACAGCAACAGCCACAGCAACAGCGACAGCAGCGGCAGAAACAGCAGAGGAAGAACCCCGGUAGCCCGCCUGGUAGUCCUGCGCCCGUAGACAUAUCCACGACCGAGACCCUCUCCAUCUGGAACCUUGAUUCCGAUGAAGCGCAGGUGACCCGCCUUUGAAAGGCUCCUGCUACUCGGCGAAGUCGAGUCGACGGCGCAACGAAAAUCAGACACCCAUCACAUUGUGCGACGCAGGCGGGCCAGUGCCAUCGUGCACAAGCUGUCUGUAACGCGAGCGUUAAAAUGCGCGCCCCCUUUUUUUGGCAGGUCGCAGGAAGCGCUUCUUGGGUGUAACGUAUUCCGGCUGCUAAGAACAAAGAUGGAAUCACUUAGGUCAAACGGGACUCUGUAGUGCAUUGACUUAGGGUAAACGAAGGUGCUGGUUUAAGCCAUGUGUUGCUCUGUACACUCGCUCCUCAACGAGUUCAAUUUGUUUAUUUCUCUUUCGCUUUUUUAAACGACGGCUACGACAGGGCGUUGAGAACGGCGCAGACUUCAUAUGCUGUGUUAGGCUGCAGUCUCUCGUGUUACUCUAUGAAGCGGUAAGUUUGUUGAAGCUCGAUCAAUGAAUGAAGUUUGUAGCUGACGUUUUCCUCCACCAUCUAGUCUUCGUCUCAUGGUACUUGGAUUUGUUUCUUUUUUUUUUUCGAAGUUUCUCUACUGACAGUUUGCAGUACUAACUAGGCAAGGAGUAAUCAUUGUCUCUUAGUAAUUGCGCUCGUGUUAAACAAUAUGCUACCAUGUUACGUACAGCAAACAUGAUAUGUACUUUCUAAACUACGCGAACCGGCCGGCAGUUCGUGGACAAAGAGCCAUGCAGCAAGUCGAUUACACUUACUAUACGCGUGCUAUUGUGCUCUGUAUCGAACUCCUGAAGCAAAUUACACACAGACCGAAAUUUACGCGAAUCCAUGUUUGGCAUUCCUGCGUAUGCAUCUGCACAUUUACCGCGCAAAUUGUGUACACGCUGAACGAGUUUAUUAAUAAACAGAUGCUGAGCCGAGUGA